AUGCUGUGCGCGCAGCAGCGAGGCGCAGCAGCAGCUGCUGCUGCUGCAGCUGCUGCUGCUGCAGCAGGGGCUGCUGCUGCUGGCAGCAGCAGCCACAGCUGGGCAGAAUACCAAGUGUUUGCUUUUGAGAGUCUCUUGAGGGCCUUCCCAGGGGCCCCCGGAUGUGGGGCCAGCAGCAGCAGCAACAGCUGCUGCAAAACGCAUGCAGCAGCCAGCAGCAGCAGCAGCAGGUCCGAAACUUUGUUGCUGCUGCUGCCGCUGUGCAGCGAGUGCGCCGCAGCCCCUCCAAUAUGUACAGUCGCGGGAAGAGCAGCAGCAGCAGCAGCAGCAGCAGCAGCAGCAGCAGCAGCAGCAGGGCGGAGCAUGCCCUGUGCAUGCAGCGCAUGCAGCUCGUCGCUGCUGCUGCUGCUGCUGCUGCGCUUAGGCCUCCAGGGCCUCCAAAGGGCCCCACAGGCAGGUGGGCUGCUGCUGUGCAGCAAAACAGAUGUGCAGCAGCAGCAAAGGAACUUCUUCCCGCUGCUGCUGCAGCCUUUGGCCCAGUGGCAGGGCCCACACAACAUCACCAGGGGGCCCCCCAGGGGCCCCUCAAAAGCCUCUUUAGGGGGCCCCCUGGGGGCCCCCCUGGGGGCCCCCCAUGAAGCCUUUCCUGGGGGCCCCCCGGGAGUUCCCUUAGGGGGGCCCUCUAGGGGCUUCCCCGGGGGCCUCUCUGCGGGGGCCCCCAGGGGACCCCCACGGGGGCCCCUACCGCAGCAGCAGCAGCAGCAGCAGCAGCAGCAGCAGCAGCAAGGGCAGCAGCAGCGCAGCGCGCAGCCCCGGCUGCUGCAGCAGCAGCAGCAGCAGCAGAGCAGCGCCGCAGAACACUGCGAGGUGGAUAUUUGUGCUGCUAAAGAAAGCUUUUUGGCUUUCAGAAGACUUAGCUAUAAAUUGCUGCUGCCCCCGGGGGCCCCAGGGGCCCCGGGGGCCCCGGGGGCCCCGGGGGCCCCUGGGGCCCCGGGGCCCCCGGAGGGGCUAUGGCCUUGGGUUUGGCAGCUUCUGUCUUUUUUGCAAGUUUUGGGGGAGCUGCCGUUGGCUGUGGGCAGUGCUGCCGAUCUGCUGCUGCUGCUGCUGCUGCAGCCGUCGAGGUGGCUGCGGCCGUCCGCGCAGCAGCAGCAGCAGCAGCAGCAGCAGCAGCACACAGAGGGGCCCCGCAGCCUGCAGCAGCAAACGGACAGGAGACAUUAUGGCUUAUUUUUAGCUCUUCUCCUCCGCGCAGUUGCAGCCACCAUUAAACAAAGAGAAGAAAAUACAUUAAGGGGUCCAACUUCCCCCUUCAGCGCUGCUGCUGCUGCUGCUGCUGCUGCUGCUGCUGCUGCUGCUGCAGCUGCAGGGGCAAACGGGGAGGGGCCCGGGCAGGGCCGUGGGGGGCCCCUGCGGGGCCCCCAGCCGAGCGAACCGCUGCCCCGCUGCGCCGUGGUAGCUGAGACUUUUAGCUGCUGCAGCAGCUGCUGCUGGCGCUGCAGCAGCAGCAAACCAGCGGGGGUGGGGGGUGAGGGUUUGGUUUCUUUUUGCUGCCUCGAAAGCUCCAGGUGGCUCUGCAUGCUGCGCAGCCGUUUUUCGCACAUUUUCCUCCUUUUCUACGGAGUUCAGAGAAGCAAGCAGCAGCAGCAGCAGCAGCAAGAGCAGCAGCAGCAGCAGCAGCAAGAGCAGCUGCAGCAGCAGCAGCAAGAGCAGCUGCAGCAGCAGCAGCAAGAGCAGCUGCAGCAGCAGCAGCAGCAGCGCAGUGCAGCUGCGACAGAGGGGACUCUUUUGCCUGUUUUGUUUGUUGCGGACAUAACAAAUGCAGUUGUGGCAGCAGCAGCUGAGUAG